AUGGCGAUUUUUAACGAUCUGGCCAUAGCGACUACGCGACGUCCUUAUCCGUUUGUCCUCGGGCUUCUCCUCACGCUCCUCGUCUUCCUCUACACCACUGGACCACAGAAGUUCUCUCCGGCGCCGCCUCCACGGAUAUAUACCCCCACUGUCGGUCAUGGAUCUGAUGCGCAACGGGACUCGGAAGAUUAUCGGAAUUUGUUCUUGACGCAGGAGCAAUGCGAUGUCGCGUUCCCGGGACUGUUUGAGGAGGUGGAGAGACCGGUUAAGCUGAGAAUGAACAAGAAGGUGAUGAGGAAGGAAUUGGAUGACACGCCGGCGUUGAAUGGGUUUAUCCGGGCGAUGAUUUAUGAUCAGCAGUUAUACAUAAUCGACACCUACGGCAAAAUCUACUCCCGCGGCAUCGCCACCCUCCAUGCUCUCCACCGCGCAAUGCUCACCUCCCCCGAACCCCUCCCUAACAUCGAAUUUACCAUGAACGUAGACGACAAGAUGGAAGGACAUCCCCAAUGGCUCUACGCACGACAAGCCAAAAAUCAAGAAACAUGGCUCAUGCCCGAAUACGGGUUCUGGUCAUGGCCCGAGACAAAAAUCGGUAGCUACGGGGAAAUGCAAAUGAAAGCCAUCCUGACCGAGAGCGAGUGGCCCUGGAGUCGGAAGAUCGACAAACUAUUAUGGCGCGGCGCGACGAUGAAUCUGGAGGUGCGCCAGAAAUUUAUUAAUGUGACGGAGGGCAAGGCGUGGGCGGAUGUCAAGACGCUGGAUUGGCAUAAUGAGGGGAGUAUGAAGAAUGAUUUGAAGAGUAUGGAUGAACAUUGUCAAUACAAGUUUCUGGCGCACACGGAAGGAAACUCGUAUUCUGCGCGGCUGAAGUAUCUCCGGAAUUGUCGCUCGGUGAUUGUGGCGCAUGAAUUGGAGUGGAUGGAAUUUUUCCAUCCGUUGAUGAAGAAGGAGGGGCCGGAACAGAAUUACAUAGAGGUGGAUAGGGAGUUUAGGGGGUUGGAAAAGAAGAUGGGGGAGUUGAUGGAGGGGAAGGAUCGCAAGGAGAUAGAGGAGAUUGCGGAGAGGAGCGUGAGGGUUUUUAGAGAGAGGUAUCUUACGCCGGCGGCGGAAACGUGUUAUUGGAGACGUUUGAUUAGGGGCUGGAAAGAGGUGAUGGGGUUUGAGGUGGAGUUUUUUAACGUGACGAAGGGGGAGAAGAAGUGGAGGGGGGUGCCGGUGGAAUCUUUUAUGUUGGAGAGGAGGUUGGAGUGGGAUCCUUAUUAG